AGUAAAAUGUGUACAUUACAUAAAAGAUGCUCAGUUAUCUUUAAACUUUCACAAAGGCUGUGGCUGUCUUAUUUUUUGUCGAUAACCGUAAAAAUCAAUAAUUCGAUUCGUUUUAUAAUAUUCAAUCAUGAUAUCGUGUCUGACCAACUUGUUGCUCGAUAACAUCACCUAUAGCUUAUUAAUAGCUGUGUUCACGAUUAUCUAUUAUUAUACGACUUCGACGUACGAUAAAUGGCGAAAAUUGAAUAUUCCGUAUGUACCACCCGUACCAUUGUUUGGCAACGUGUUCAAAAUGAUAACGAAACUCGAACACAUGAUCGACGUGUUCGGAAAGAUGUACUACUUAUAUCCGAACGCCAAACUGUUGGGGUACUUUCAAAUGAAAGAGCCGAUGCUUAUGAUCCGAGAUCCGGAGCUGAUCAACACGAUAUUGGUAAAGGACUUUUCGUACUUCACCGAUCACGGUUUAGUCAUAGAUCCAGCCACGUCCGUGUUAGCCAAGAGCCUGUUCUUUAACAAUGGCCAGAAAUGGCGGAAGAUGCGCCAAAACCUGAGCCCGGGCUUCACAUCUGGAAAGCUAAAGGACACACACAACCAGAUCAACGAGUGCGGCGACGAGAUGGUGUCCAGAAUCACCGAUGUACUCGAGAAGACCGAUCGACUCGACGUGAAAACGAUGACUGCAGGUUUUUCCACAGACGUGAUUGGCACCUGCGCGUUCGGCCUGAAGCUGGACACGAUCAAGAACGACAAUUCGGAGUUCCGCCAUUACGCCAAGAUAAUUUUCCAGAACACUCCGAAACAGUUAAUCAUACAGAUGCUGGCGAUGAUCUGCCCUUGGGUGUUGAAUCUUUUUAAUAUAAAAAGAUUUUCGCAUGAAGCUACUAACUUUUUCUACGAUGUAUUCAACAACGUUAUCAAGUACCGCGAAGAGCACAAUUUAGUCCGGAACGAUAUAACGCAGACCCUUAUGCAGGCGCGUAAAGAAUUGGUUUUGAAAGAGAACUCAGACAUUGAAGAUAAAUUCACUGAUGAUGACAUCAUCGCUAACGCUAUUGUCAUGUUCACUGCUGGUUCAGAAACCGUUUCGUCAAUGUUAUCUUUUGGAUUAUACGAAUUAGCGAUGAACAAAGAAAUUCAAGACAAAUUACGUGCGGAAAUAUAUUCGAUGAAAGCAAAACACAACGGGCAAUUAAACAAUGAUUAUUUAAUGGAUCUGACUUACGCCAAAAUGGUAUUAGACGAGCUUGGUCGCAAGUAUUCUAUUGCUUUUAGCAUAUUGAGAGUGGCUACAAAAACGUAUACUCUACCUGACGAAUCAUUUGUUAUUGAAAAAGGUCAAAAAAUUACUAUACCGAUGUUCCACAUACAUAAUGAUCCAAAAUAUUACCCCGAUCCGAUGAGAUUUGAUCCAGAACGAUUUUCUAUGGAACAAAAAUCUCAACGACCUAAAGGCACUUACUUGGCGUUUGGCGACGGACCUCGAGUGUGCAUAGGCAAACGGUUCGCGGAAUCAGAGAUGAAAUUGCUUCUGUCAAAUGUAUUGUCGAAGUUCGAAGUCCUACCGUGUGAACAAACCGAAAUUCCCGUCAACAUAAGGAGUGACGCAGGAUUUGUUUCACCGAAAAAUCCCAUUAUCUUAAAAUUUAAAGUUGUUUUCACGACCAUCUAUUUUACGACUUCGACGUACGAUAAAUGGCGAAAAUUGAAUAUUCCGUAUGUACCACCCGUACCAUUGUUUGGCAACGUGUUCAAAAUUAUGACGAAACUCGAACAUCCAAUUGACGGGUUCGGAAAGAUCUACUACUCAUAUCCGAACGCCAAACUGCUUGGGUACUUCCAAAUGAGAGAGCCGAUGCUUAUGGUCCGCGAUCCGGAGCUGAUCAACACGAUACUGGUAAAGGACUUUUCGUACUUCACCGACCACGGUUUUGACAUAGAUCCAUCCACGUCCAUAUUGGCCAACAGUCUGUUUUUCUCUAAUGGCCAGAAAUGGCGGACGAUGCGCCAAAAGCUGAGCCCGGGCUUCACGUCUGGAAAGUUAAAGGACACACACAACCAGAUCAACGAGUGCGGCGACGAGAUGGUGUCCAGAAUCGCCGACGUGAUUGAGAAGACCGAUCGACUCGACGUGAAAACAAUGACUACAGGUUUUUCCACAGACGUGAUUGGCACCUGCGCGUUCGGCCUAAAGCUGGACACGAUCAAAAACGACGAUUCGGAGUUCCGCCAUUACGCCAAGAUAAUUUUCCAGAACACUCCGAAACAGUUAA